AUGGGGAACUGCUCCGGACGAGAUGUAGAGGCAGUGGAAGCAAGGGCGGUCGGCGCGCGCGGUCCGGACGUGCGAACGAUUCGACCUGUCGGCACGGUGAACACUCCGCAACGCUCGCAACGGAGGCGGUCGAAGUUGACCGCUUCCUUCACCGAGUCGCUCCAACGACAGAAACACAAACCUGCCCUUGAAAGAAGCAACAGCAUGCGGCAGAAAACCCAUCGCUUUUCUCUCAACUUCAUGCCACGCCAAGAGUCGGACAUUCCGAUCGCCGAAGACGAGCUCGCUCCACGACAUUCCCUGGACCGAAAGAAGGUUCCACGGACACCAGACACUGAGUACUACCGCAGCGACACCGAUGAAAUCAGCAUCGACAUUGACUUGAUCCUCGGGAACGACGUCGACUCGCCCGGAGUGAUCCACGCGCGAUGGGGAGAACCAGCGGUGGACCCCGACGAAGAGGAAGUGUGUAUGGACUACCAAGCGAACCCGUUCAAGGUGGGGUUCUGCAUUAACUGCCAAAAGCAGCACGAGUUUACGGCAACGGGCGAAGUCAAACCUACGAAAGAGUACAAGCGGAUAUCGACCUUCAACGUGUGGCAACUGCAAAUGCCGGCAAACCCCAACAUCUCGACUGCACCAGAGGCAAUGAUUGGCGUCGGGCGGAAGAACAUCAGCUAUAGCCAGCGCAACCUCCGGCUGUCAACUCUGUCGGACGGUGGGCGCGAGUCCGACAUCGACCUUGCCGAGAUACUCAAGCAGCGAAGGGACAUUCUGCUCCAGCUCGAACUUGUCAAACAACAGCAGCACAAAGCAUCGUCCUCGGCUCCGAUCCUGACCGCCAAGGCGGUUGCAAAAUCCAUCCCCAUGUCGACCGCAGCGUCUGCCCCGAAGGCUGUCGCCGCCGCCAAGGCAGUGCCUGCUAGCUCCCCCAACGACGACAGCUGGCUUUGA